AUGAGCAAGAGGUUAAGAUUUUUUUUUGAUAACUUGAAAGCCGUGAUACAUAAAUUUGAAAUAGACCCCCACCGUACGUACAAUCAGGACGAAACCGGUAUAACAACCGUCCAAAAGAAGUGCCCAAAAGUGUUGGCACUAAAGGGUGCUAAAAGAGUAGGUGGGGCUACUUCAGGGGAAAGGGGAAGAACAAUCACAGCAGUUUUUUGUGUAAGUGCUGGUGGCCACUACAUCCCACCAAUGCUGAUAUAUCCACGCAAAAGAAUGACCCCCAACCUUCAAGUGAAUGGACCACAUGGUGCACUUUACUGCCUCUCUAACAACGGCUGGACAAACUCGGAGCUGUUUUUGGAGUGGCUAGCUCACUUUAAAAAAACACUCACACCCCUACACCCGAGGAUCCUGUUCUUCUAA